UGCUUCCCCACCCAUCUGACAAGAGUUCCGGGUUCAGCCGAAAGCUGCUCGCUGCUGCCGCGUUAUCACGGCGCUCACACGGCGGGACUAUGGCUCUUUUACUGGAUCACCAAUUCAAAGAGCUGCCUCCUGACAAGGCGAUAGACACAAAGUUGUUUCUGGAAGCUGUCUCUCACAUUCCUUCAUUUUUUGACUGCUUGGGAUCAAAUGUAUUUUCAGUCAUCAAAUCAGACAUUAAUGGCAAUAUAAUGAAAAUUAAAGGAGUGUAUCUUAAGGAUCCUGCAAAGUACAUCACCCUGCAGGACAUUGUGGAGGCAGAGCGAGAAGCACAUCCAGCAGAAUGGCCUAAAGUUGGAGCAACAUUAGCUCUAAUGUGGCUGAAAAGGGGUCUCCGUUUCAUACAGAUCCUGCUGCAGAGUUUGGCAGAUGGAGAAAGAGAUGAGAACAACCCCAACCUUAUUCGGGUCAAUGUCACCAAAGCGUACGAAGAAGCACUGAAGAAAUACCACGGCUGGAUCGUUCAAAAGAUUUUCCAUGUAGCAUUACAUGCAGCUCCCUACAAAUCCAAUUUCCUCAAGGCUCUGUCAAAAGGAGAGGAAGUGAAAGAGGAGGACUGCCUGUCAAAUGUGCGGCAGUUCCUGGUUAACUACACUGCCACCGUAGACGCCAUCUACGAGAUGUACACACAUCUGAACGCAGAGCUGGACUACUCUGUUUGACGUCCCAGGACAUCCGUCAUUCCUUCUCAAGUGUCAGAGAAGUCCGAGUUUUUUAAUAAGAUUGUUUAACUUCCCCCUUUCUGUGUGCUAUUUAUUAUUACAUUGAUUAUGCUUUUAUUAAAUAUUACUGCUGUAUAUUUGGUCUUACAAUUAUGAAAAUGCCUUAAAUUGAAAUGUUAUAGCAGAAGGAUGUUGUUUUAUAUCAUUUCAAGUAAUUGCAGGAUCUUUGCAGCAGCAAGAAGAAGUUAUUGUGUGUUUGUUUUUUUAAUGACAUUUACAGGUGAUCUUUCACCUGUUCCAUUAAGAGACUAAUACAAGACUGUAAACACUGUUGUUAGAAGAAACUAUUUAUAUUAAUACCUGAUAUUUCAGAUGUUCUCUGCUUCCUGAGCCCUGGAGUUACCUCCACCUUAAACUGGAAGCAGCAGCCCUGGUAGUCAUUUAACAUUUUUACAGCCCAUUUCAGUUGUGCAUUAUUCCACUUGUGCCUUGGUGUUACUGUACAGAUACACCAUGUUUUCAAAUUAAAUUCAUAAUCAAUAGAUUUAUCCUACUUUAUCUACAAAUCAAGUUAGCAGAGCCAGAACUAUUUAUCUGAGGGCUGAACUCGUGUGGAGUCUGUGGUGUCUGUGGUGUGUCCCUGUCUUCUAUAACAUAAACAUAAUGUUAAACCAUAUCAUCACGUGUGCAUUUGUUGAUAACUUAUAAUAUCCAUAUUUCCUAUAUGAAUACUUAUAGCUGGCUAUGAACUGUUAUAAAAUGUGUUCUUAUCACAAUAUCUCAAUGUAUGACUUAAAAUAAAAAUAAAAGUGUUACUACCUCG